GUAGCGCCAAACACGGCGUUGUUUCGAAGAUUUUUUUUAUAUUAGUUUCAUUCCUUAAAUUGUUGUUAUUUGUGGUCCUUCGAAUAUGUGUGAUGUCCGAAAUCUAAUUGACCUGACCGAAUGGGAUGAGCCCAGCAAGGAGACGUUGCACGAAGAGCCGGAGGACUCUGUGGUGGCCACGAACUUUGAGGUGCCCUACGAUCCCUUCGAUCUGAUGGAGAAGGAAGCUUGCAUCAAGGGCAUGACCUUGACGUCGCAGAUCGAGGAAAAGGUGUCCAGUGCCGAACGACAGUAUCCGGAUCUCGAGAGCGAGAGUCCUCCGGUUUGCAUGCAGACGGACACAGCGAAUGCGUCCGGACCAGGAUCAGGAGAAACAACCCAAAAGAAACGCUCGAACAGCUCAUUCCAGAAGCAGCUCCUCAAACUUAAUGCCUCGCGAUCCGUGAUCAACACCCCACCUCAUAGUCGAUCCAAAACGGAGUUUGAAAGAACAAUCCUGAACGAAAACCUGCAGAUGCUGGCGGCAGAGUCGCCACUGAAGCUUAUUGAGGACGACGACGUCAUGUCCAGCAGUAUCAAUUUCGAGGAAGACCUUAAAAUGUUACGCAUUCCCAUCCUAGACGCGCUAAACAAUGCAGAACCCAAGGCAAUAGCCGAAGACAAUCACGGAAACGUAAACAAAAUUGAUGUAGUGACUCAGGAGGGUCAGGAAAGUCCACAGACACCAAUCGAAAACCAAUCAAAUGGCAAGAGUUUGAGCCAACUACUCGAGCAGCUGAAGAUCUUGGCACACGAACACGUCGAGAGGUCGAAGUGGCAUCUGUUUGACUCGGCAAUUGAAUCCAUUGCCGCUGUCAUCUUCGGACCCAGUGGCUCUUGUCUGGAUGUUAAGAAAGCCGAAUCAACUAUACCAUCGCCAUACUCAUACACCCGCCAAGGAACAUUCGAUCUCGAACUUCAACGCACAAAGACAAAGCGUUCCCUGGAUGCUAGCCAAAUACAGGAGGAGGAGAUCGAUGUACCAGGCAGUAACGUUAAAAGCUUUCCCGAUGCCAUGGUUUGUUCAACAGCCACGUUUGAUGGCGAAUCGCGACUGGAUGCAUUUGAUAAGGACUUACUUACAUCCCUACCAUCAAUACCAUCAAUUCCAUCGAUACCUUCGAUACCGCCUGUCUCAGUUGCCAGAAAGGAGCCAUUUAUGACGGAGUUGGUCGACGAAACACUCGCUCAGCAGAUUAACGAGCUGCUGGAGCGGCACAAACUCGCAAACACGGGAAUGAGUGAUCACGAACAACAGCAGGGAGUUGAUCCCAGGACAGUCAUACUGUUGGUGAACCCCAGCAACUACAGCAGCACUCAGGUGGCAUACGCCACGAGCAACGUGGCCAAGACUAAACCAAUGCCUCUACGUGAGACCAAUGCGGCGGGCUCAAUGCGACGUCGAUCGUCGUCGCUUUCCAUUCAGGACAAGUCGAAGCUGCCCAGAGAAGUCCUAAAGUCCGAUCGCCAGGUGGAGAAUCUGCCGCCGCCCAAGGAGACCAAGAACACAGCCACUGUUGGGCCGAUGGGUGCAGCAGCUGCCUUUCGCCAGAGGAGCAACUCCUUCUCCACGCCCAGCAAUCCGUCCACAAAGGCCUACGAAAGCAGGCGCACUCUAAUGAGCAGCCGCUUGAGGAACCCAGCCAUAAACGAAUCGGUGACCAAACCCAGCGGAAGUGUUAAGGCGACGAAGCCCAUCAAGCCGGUGAUUCCCAUUAUGAAAGUGACCGCAAGCAACGAGUCCACCUACCUGAAUCCGUUCCAUCCGCGUGUACCCGAAACGCCCAUCUCAUCGAGGACCAAGCCCGCCCAAAAGAUAUCCUGCACGAGCACACCACUGCCACAAAUGCGCACCCAGCAGCGCAGAUCCCUGAAGCCAAUGGCCAUGACCGCAGGAUCGGGAUCCCUGUCCAAUGUCUCCUAUUCGACGCCCAGCAUUAGGGGGCCGAGCUUGUGCAAGAAGAGCGGUUCCGGCUAGAGGAUAUAGGGCGUGCAUUGCGUAGGAAUGGGGGCAUGGGGAGCACUUCCUUGGCCCGUGGGCGGUGGCGCAAUGUCGCCUGAAAGUGAAUUCGAAUGUGAUGUCUGAGGUCAAGUUUUUAACCUUGCAGAUAAAACGACAAUGUGAAAACGGAUCGGCUAUCUCCCCCCAUAUUUUUGUUUCUUCAAUUUGUUUUUCCUCUUUUUUUUUUUUGUUUUGCCCGGCGUCACAAGAUAAAGCGAACUGAUAUGCAGUCUGCGCACUCCAUACUAAACUUUAGCGAAUUAGUUUUCGUUUCGAAACGGAUUAGCAGGUGUAGCCAGUCCUUUAUGUUUACUUUGCACUCGAACUGAACGAACUAAUUAGUUAAUUUAUCUUUGUUAUCUCACUAACCCACUAAGUUACUCAAGUGCUUGAAAUCCCUUUCUAAUUUCCCUAUGUUUUUGAAAUCCCACUGAAGUGGAGUUUGUUAAAGUAAGCCCAGCAUAUCAGAAGAGAACAAAAAUAGCAUUUAAGGCAGGUGAAGCCGUUUGACCACAAGUAUCCUACGUUUUAAGGAUUGUCCAUUGAUUUAAUACCUAGAAGUAUGUAGCUAGAUAAGUCGCUUGCAAAGCACACGCCCUAUUAAUUUCGCUUUUCUCAGCUGGCUCGAAAGACCAGCGAAGAAUAAUUCAAUAAAAUGAGAUUAUCAGUUAAGCAAUUUCCGUAUAUUUAACGUAUGUAUGUGGCGCUAGCAUAUCACAACAAUGAAAAAAAAAACGCAGCA